CUUCAGGAGCUUCAUAUCAAGUCCUUCACCUAUAUCACUUCUGGAGAGAACAUGACUGGAUCCUGGAGAAUAUUUCUGCUCUGUAGUCUCCUGCAAGAUGCUGGGUGCAACACUGCAAAAUACCCAGGGGUAUUUGCUGCACCUCGUUUGAUGACCCCCAAGGAGCCGGUGGUGGAGGGGACUCCUGUGGAGCUGGGGUGCUCUGCCCCGUCCUACUGUGACACCCACCCCCCCACUGUGAUGUGGACCCCCGCCCUGGGGCUCAGCACCCAGCUCCAGCAGAACGAUAACGUGACCUCCACUCUGACCUUCAACGCCUCCCACCUCCACCAUGGAAACAAUGUCUCCUGCACUGCGGCCUACUACAUACCAUCUGGGAACAAAACUGUGACGUCUACAAGAUACCAACUCAGUAUCUCAUAUGCCCCCAGGAACACCUCUGUUGUCUGCAGCGCGUGUCUUCCAGCCAGAGAGGGAGGCUGCCUGAACCUGACCUGCACCAGUCAUGCUAACCCUGCUGUCAGCGAGGUCACCUGGUACCGAAUACACGGAGAACACAUCCUUAAGAUUGGGAGUGGAUCUUCUCUGUCCACCCAGCUGUUGAGCAACAAUAACUGGUUCUUCUGUGUAGUCAGGAAUGACAUUGGCAUUGAAACAUCUAAUAUCUACAAGAUCGACAUUCAAGACGUGGUGCUGUGCAUUUUCAAAUCUGCUGUGAUGUUCGUGGGAUUAGUGUCCGUGGUCGUCUGUAUUAUAAGAACUCGGAAAGUGAGUGAGGAGACGCGGUCCUUUAACGCUGCCACUGUGAAGCGAGCCCCCCCAGACGAGGAGGAGUCCCAGGUCGUCUUCGGAGGUGAGGAGGACAUCUACGUUAACAGCGGGAUGCAGAUGAACCCGGUUGGACCGAGAGAGGAGCCGGUUGGACCGAGAGAGGAGGCUGUUCUGAGAGCCGGUUCCCCAGUCUCAACGCACCGUGAUGCAGCCUCCUCCCGCCUGAUAGGCCCUGCAGGCUCCCACCCAGGACGACCGGUCUCUAGGGAGCUCACUGAAGAUACUCAAACCUGGAAGAUGGGUGAGGAAACGCGGUCCUUUUAUACUGCCACUGUGAAGCGAGCCCCCCCAGACGAGGACGAGUCCCAGGUCGUCUUCGGAGGUGAGGAGGACGUGUACAUUAACAGCGGGAUGCAGAUGAACCCGGUUGGGCCGAGAGAGGAGGCUGUUCUGAGAGCCGGUUCCCCAGUCUCAACGCACCGUGAUGCAGCCUCCUCCCGCCUGAUAGACCCUGCAGGCUCCCACCCAGGACGACCGGUCUCUAGGGAGCUCACUGAAGAUACUCAAACUCGGAAAAUGGGUGAGGAGACGCGGUCCUUUAACGCUGCCACUGUGAAGCGAGCCCCCCCAGACGAGGAGGAGUCCCAGGUCGUCAUCAGAGGUGAGGAGGACGUCUACGUUAACAGCGGGAUGCAGAUGAACCCGGUUGGGCAGAGAGAGGAGCUUGUUGGACCGAGAGAGGAGGCUGUUCUGAGAGCCGGUUCCCCAGUCUCAACGCACCGUGAUGCAGCCUCCUCCCGCCAGAUAGGCCCUGCAGUCCCCUACCCAGGACGACCGGUCUCUAGGGAGCUGACUGAAGAUACUCAGUAAACACCUGAUGAUGACCAAGUAUUUCCUCCAAUAGAUUUUUUUAAAGUAUGUAUAUGGCUUUAUAGUUUUAAUAUAGAUUACAAGACU